GUCCACCCAAACCCGCAGCCAAAACAACAACAACAACCAGCGCCAUCUUCCUCCCAGUCUGUGGCGGUCACCACUACUCGUCGACAAUACUACGUUGAUGACAUGGAUGUCCGAGGCCUCACGCUUCGCAGCAAGUCCCGUCGUCCCCAGAUCAGUGCUCCGAAGCCCAUCGUCGAUCCCAACUCGGGCUCCAGCAGGUCUCCCGGCGGCCUCCCCUCCGCGACCCCACGCCCGCAGCGCAAUGGAGGAGCGACGUCGGACCUCGUGAAGAGACGGUACUCCGCCAAAUUCAACCAAUUGCCCAACUUCGCUGUCGGAGAAGCCCCUCCCGUCCCAAGUCUGCCGGCCAAUGUUCGCUCUGCGAACGCCAGCCAGGAGCAGAUCUCCGAGCGCCCAUCGACCUCUUCAUCGUCGCAGCCGCUGCGUGUCGAGAUAAAGGCGCUCAAGGACCCCGGCCUACAGGUGGACAACUAUGUCGCGAACUUGCUCGCAAAUGCCUCUGAGCAGGACAUCAGAGAGUACCAAACCAGCCUUCGCAAACUCAAAAACAGGACUUCCGCCGACCUUCAGCAGAGCGUCUACCAGAACCGCACCCAGUUCAUCAAGAUCAGCAAGGAGGCCGAGAAGCUCAAGGAGGAGAUGAGCACGCUCCGGGGACUCAUGUCCGAACUCACCACCGCACUGGGCCAGGCCGGUGCCACCACCGGUUCGAACGGAUCUCCCAGUCUCGAAGAGACUUUGGUCGGAAGAAGACAUGCAAACCGUAGCUCCGUCGCUAACCUGGAGAGCAUGUGGAGUAUCCAGCUACAGACGCUCUGGAAAACUGUCGAGAGGUCGCAGAAAUUCCUCCCCGCGAUUCCAGGGCGGCAUAUCGUCCUCGAAUCCGGCCAGUGGAUAGAACUGGACUCUGCAACGUGGAAGCCCAGACGCCCCAUCCACAUCGUCCUGCUGAACGACCAUCUGCUCGUGGCAGCGAAGAAACGGAAACGCAUGGACCCCAAUAGCCAGAACAACAGCAAAGCGCCUGCGCCGACAAAAUUAGUCGCGGAAGAAUGCUGGCCUCUUCAGGACAUCGACCUCAUCGAUCUCGGCGCGAACCUGGACAGCGACUCAGCCGAUGAUAGCGAGGAACCCGCGGUUCCCAAUGCGGUCAAUAUCCGGUAUGGCCCAAAGUCUUUCACCUAUCGAACCGACCAGCGCAACGUUAGGGCCAAGAACGACCUCGUGAUGACGUUCAGGAAAACUGUCGAAGAACUCCGAAAAGGUCUAAGGACGGAAGCAGAAGCAGCGGCCAAGUCAACUGAAUUGAUCAGCGGCAGCCAAUCGCUAUCCCGACGCUCGGAGAUGUUCGAUUCAGAUGUUCGUGACAAACUAGACAUCCUCAUCGACGUAGAUGGAAAACAGCAGAACAUGAAAUGGGUAGACGGCCAAUUGGAUGAGUUGGAUAUCAACAUCGCCCUUCAGCAGUUCGAAGACGCGGUCGCACGGGUCGAAAAGCUGCGUAAACUAACCAAAACGCUAAGAGGAAAUCUCACGGCCCAAGAUGUGAUCAAUUCGAAAAUCGACGUGCGAGCCGGGAAGCUUGCGGAAAUUCUCAUCCGUGCCCUUGUUGAUACUCAUUCUUUUUUGAAUGCAACCAAGUUGAACAUCAGCUGGCUGACUCGACUGGGAUUUGACGAUCGCGCCCGGGAGGCAUACCUCCGAGCAAGGUCAGAAGUGAUGACCAAACGGGCUAGACACUGUGUCUUCGAAGGUGACCUUCCCCUCUACAUCUUCCAGGUUUCGUUUAUCUAUUUCACCAUGAUCAAAAACACCAUCGGCAUCUAUCAGCAGUGCUUCCCGUCCAACAUGACCAGUGCCUGUAUAAAAUGGGCCAAAGGACACUUGGAUGCCUUCAACGCCACCCUAUCGAGACAGCUGAGCAGCGUGGAACCGGAUUCCCAGAUCUGGGUGAGAUGCAUGGACAUUGUGCAUGAGCAUGCCGGCACCUUAGCGGAAGUUGGUGUUGAUUUUAAGAAUCUGAUCCACCUAGAUGGCAAUAACCACAACGGGCAUUCAGGGGGUGCCGGGGCUGAAAGCUAGGUGAUGGUUUUGAUCUUCUCUUAGUUUUGCUGUAUAUCUUUUGAUGUUUCGUCCGCCGUCCUUGGCUCUAUCAUGAGUCUUUCUAUUUUGCAUCUUUCAUCAUACCCCAUUGAUAAUGCGUCCGCUUAUCAAUCUGAUCUGCAUCCUUAUUCCUUGCUAUCUAUAGUUUGGAUUUUUUUUUACUUCUCCAAUUGAUGUCAUUCAUGUUUCCUAUCACAAUCCGCAUGCAUACUAUCCUUCAUCCAGUCCAACAUUUGCUGUGACUCUUUUGCCACUCUCUUCACCCCCUUGAUCAACAUGGAGCCACCCAUCCUCUACCAGUAUUUCUUCCAUCAACUUAGAGUGUUCCAUACUGCUAAAUGCUUGUGCUACUUUCCUGAAUGGAGCUAAAGAGCAACUCUUGCUCAUGUAACUAUAGGCUUAUUGGCUUCUCAGCAAUUGUUCAAAACAUUGAACAGCUGCCUGCCCAAGCGUUUGAAAUCAGCCUCU